AUUCUGAUAGAUUAUAAUAAAUAUGGAAUUUACAUUCAAAUACACCAUAUUGGUUUUCUGUGUAGUAAUCUUUACUGUUUUAUGACAAGAUGAUAUACAACUUCUAAGAGAUGAAUGAUUGAGUCUAGAAGGAGAUAUGAUGCUUGGUGAUAGUAUAUCUAUGGCAAAAGAAUCCCUCCUACAUGAUGUUCUAUAUGAUUUUACAUUUAAUGACAUGUUUAUGAUCGAUAGCAAUAGACAGAGACAAGCUCUGUAUUAUUCACCUGACCACUUAAAUGGUAGUGAAACGUUCCCACAUGGGCCUCCUUCGCCUACAGGUGGAAAAUUCUCCUUACAACUUGAAAGUAACUCUCAUAUAAGGAUUCCAAGCAUUCAGCAACAAGAAACAAUGACAAUAAAAUUCUGGAUGUUCUUGACUCAACCAUCUCCUGAUGAUUCAUGGAAAUCACUUUUAUACAUGCAAGAAGAAAGCACUAGAAAUUCUAACUUGGAAGUUCAAUUAUGGCCUUCUGAGAACAGGCUCCAAAUUAGAAUUUUAACAAGCAAUGGAGUUGAGACACUUGACACAGUGGCUAAUCUUCUCCCAAGAAAAUGGUAUCAUAUAGCCAUAACUACAAUUAGUAGUAAAAACGAAGCUCUUAUUUAUAUAAAUGGUUACUUAGAUAGCAGCUCUAGAGUGCUCAGAGGAGAUCAUCAGACUGCCAGGCAGAAUACUAGUUAUUAUUUCGGAAGCCAUGAGACCACAAGAGGGGUCUAUGCCUAUAUUGAUCAUAUACAGAUAUUUUCUAGGCAACUUGAGAAUGCAGAAUUGUUGCCUGCAUUUUCUUUUAUGCAAUCAACAAAGGAUUUAUUCAUUAUCCAUGCUUGUCAAAGCUGCACAUACGAUGAAACUGAGCUUAUCUGAAGGUCUUUAGGAAGUAAUUCACUUAGAAUUCAUGACCAAGAAACAAUAUCUGAGUAUGCAAUGUGCACUCUAGAAGAUCUAUACUUGUCUGAGGGUUUUAACUUUGCUAGGAUUAUGGGCUGGUUCAGACCCUACAUAAAAGAUGACGAUAGCGGCACUGUAUGGAUCAGAGAUCUUGAUGAAUUACGAGAUGAACAAAAUCGAAGCAGAAACAAAGUUGGACUAUGAUGAAGAAAAGUAUUGUAA